AUGCCAUUCUUCGAUCCAAACAAUCCAUCUCCGUUGGAUGAUAUUCGCAUUCAAGAGGAGUAUGAGGGUGUCGACCUAAACCCGAGGAAUCGGUCAAAGCCGAGAGCAAACUCGUUGCUACACGACCAACAGUCGUUGAUAUCGUUUGAUUCCAUCCAGACUGCAGAUAGGUUGCUGGACAAGCUGGACCUAAGUAUAGAAGAUGAGUUGCUGUUGCAGCAGGCGCUGAGAGAAGAAGAGGAAGAACGGAGGAUCGCUACACAAGAGUACCCGGAUGAUAUAUACUUCAGCAUGACACAGAGCAGUAGGCCGAUGAUCCCGAUGACGACCGCGCGGCCGGCGCACAGACCCGUGUUAUGUAUUCCAGCAUCUUCAUUUCCAUCUUUAAGGCAUGCUGGCGGCACUGCGCGGCACAAGACAAACGUAGCACCUCCAGUCCACCAGAGCUCCCAUGCUAUCCUCGAAGACUUGAAUGAUAACGAAAAAUUGGUGAGCUCGAAGGGAAAUGUUGUGGAGGACCACAUCUCCAAAUUUAGAUACUCCUACUUGGUCCAGGAAGGUAGUGGCGACGAGGCGGAGGACACCCCUCAAAAUGAAGACGGCUCAGAGACACUGGACGCGCUGCAGAUUGAAAAGUACAGGAGAAAGUUAGCCCAAACGAACCGCUACUAUGGGACUGGCAGUUCUCCUACAGAAUUAACGCAUGGUUCUGGCAGCGCAAGUGUUAGUAACCCGCAAUCCCGCGCUAAGUCGAGUACACAUGUGCUGGAACAAGCCACUCACAACGAGACCGCGUCUUCUCACACGCCGAGCAACAGUGUUUCUUCGUUAGCUCUACAGAACCACACGACAGCCUCAUCUUUCGAGAGCGACUUGACAGCGCGCACUGCUGAAAAUGGGCCGAAUAACGGCUCCAGUACACUCCUAUCCACGCCCAAGACUUCCCGGAAAAGCCUGGAAUGCGAUUCACCGGGCCACCCGUCGUCUCCUUCGAUAUGGAAUAAGGGCCAUAAAAAGAAGAAUUCAUUUUCCCUUAAAAACUUGUUCAAGUCACCGAAGGUCACAUCGGAGACCGAGUCUUCCCCCAAGGCCGACAACAGUUCUAAUGAAGAACAUGACGCUGCCGCAUAUUCCGAACAGAUGCCACCUAUCACAGCACCGUCUGCUCAUCGCCAGUCAGAACAUCAUCAUCACUCGGCGUCAGCGUACCCGAAAAAGCCCCUCCAGAAGCUCCAGCACAGCUACAAGUUGUUGAUCGAACCGCGGCCAAUGCUGCCUGUGGUAAGAUCUGACGAAGUGGCCCUUCUAAAGCAUCGGAGGAGCGCAAGCCUUCCCAAGAAUGGGCCGAGGCCCGGAACGCAACGGGAUCCUAACACCUGGGAACAGCAGGACAGAGCCACCCUGCUGCAGCAUGCAAAGAUACUUCAGCAACAGAAACAACUUCCGCAAAUAUCAUCCUCACACUCUCACGCCCAUAACAAACGCCCCCCUGUUCCUCCCAAAGAUAUACCCGUCGGCUCUCAGCAACCCAAAAUGCAUACACAGCAGGGAGCCAACAAGAUGCAUAAACCUGCGACAUCUGUGGUACAGAGAACCGGAAGCCUGGGAAAUAAACGGGUCCCGGACCCACCACUACCAGUUAGCGCCGACGGAAGGCUGACUCCGGAGCAGAAGGUCCAGCUCGCCCUGGAAUUGCGAAAUAGACGGCAGUACGCUGAAUGCACAAAACUUUUAAGAGAAGCAUGCGAGGCUGGUGACAGGACGGGAUUCCUACUGUACGGCCUAGCACUAAGGCACGGCUCGGGCAUCCCGACUAAUCUACCAGAAUCCUUCAAGUGGAUCUUCAAGGCGUCUGGCGUCAAGGACGAGGCGGCCGAGGUCCUAUCCCUCAACAUCGAUCCGUUCAAGCUCAAGAACGUCCCGUUGGUCCCGCCAGAGCCCGAGGCACCCGCCCUAUACGAGUGCGGCAUUUCAUAUCUAAAGGGUUAUGGCUUUGCGAAGCCAGAUGAGCUCAAGGGCCUCAAGUACCUGGAGCAGGCUGCAUCACUCGGACACAUCGACUCCAUCUGUCUCUGCGGAACCAUCUGGUCGAAACGCUCCAGAAACCGCCCGCGGGACUCAUGUAGGGCGGCCGCCUGGUUCCGCAUCGCCGACGCCAUGGGUGCCGACCUCAUCGGCGCCAAUUGGAUCUACAAAGAAAAGUAUAUGCGGCCGUCGCCUGAAUCAUCUGCCGCAGUUGGGUCUUAUAAAGAGCAGAAGGCGACUCCCCCCGUGCCCACCAAACACAAGCCUUAG